AUGGUUAAACAGAAAGGAAAAAAUACAUCAACACAUGAGUUGAUGUUAACAACAAUAUCUGAUGUUGUUAAACAAUUAAUUGAAGGAUACGAACAGGGAAAAGAAAUUGAUUUAAAUAAAGUUAAAUGUAAAGCAUCAGCUAAAUAUGGACUUAGUUUACAACCACGUUUAGUUGAUAUUAUUGCUGCCAUACCAGAAUCAUAUAAAAAAGUUCUUCUACCAAAAAUAAAAGCUAAACCUGUUCGAACAGCUAGUGGUAUUGUUGUUGUUGCUGUUAUGUGUAAACCUCAUCGAUGUCCACAUAUAGCUAUGACUGGUAAUAUUUGUGUAUAUUGUCCUGGUGGACCAGAUUCUGAUUUUGAAUAUUCAACACAAUCUUAUACAGGAUAUGAACCGACAUCAAUGCGAGCUAUUCGAGCCCGAUAUAACCCAUAUUUACAAACGAAACAUCGUCUUGAACAAUUAAAACAACUUGGACAUAAUAUAGAUAAAAUAGAAUUUAUAGUGAUGGGUGGAACAUUUAUGUCACUGCCAGAAAGUUAUAGAGAUUAUUUUAUUCGAAGUUUACAUGAUGCUUGUUCAGGUCAUACGAGUAAUAAUGUUAAUGAAGCUGUUAGAUAUUCUGAAUGUAGUAAAACAAAAUGUAUUGGAAUUACAAUUGAAACUCGCCCUGAUUAUUGUCUUAAAGUUCAUUUGAGUGAUAUGCUUGCAUAUGGAUGUACACGUCUUGAAAUUGGUGUUCAAAGUGUUUAUGAAGAUGUUGCCAGAGAUACAAACAGAGGACACACUGUAAAAGCCGUAACUGAAUCAUUUCGAAUGGCAAAAGAUUCUGGUUUUAAAGUUGUUUCACAUAUGAUGCCUAAUUUACCUAAUGUUGAUCUUGAACGUGACCUCUCUCAAUUUAAAGAAUUUUUUGAAAAUCCAGAAUUUCGUCCUGAUGGUCUAAAACUUUAUCCAACACUUGUUAUUCGUGGCACUGGUCUAUAUGAAUUAUGGCGAACAAAUCGUUAUGCAAGUUAUCCACCUUCAGUUCUUGUUGAUUUAGU